GGGCAUCAUCAAUGUGGCCUCGUCCACCAACCUGCUGACAGACUCCAAGAACGUGCAGCUGUGUCCCCGCACCCGCCGCUGGAACUGUCCCACCUCCCAGGGCCCCAACAUCUUCGGCAAGAUCGUCAACCGGGGCUGCCGGGAGACAGCGUUCAUCUUCGCCAUCACCAGUGCCGGAGUGACGCACUCGGUGGCUCGGUCCUGCUCGGAGGGGUCCAUCGAGUCCUGCACCUGUGACUACCGGCGCCGUGGGCCUGGGGGGCCCGACUGGCACUGGGGGGGCUGCAGCGACAACAUCGACUUCGGGCGCCUCUUUGGGAGGGAGUUCGUGGACUCCAGCGAGAAGGGGCGAGACCUGCGUUUCCUCAUGAACCUGCACAACAACGAGGCUGGACGCAUGACGGUGUUCUCAGAGAUGCGCCAGGAGUGCAAGUGCCAUGGCAUGUCAGGCUCCUGCACCGUCCGCACCUGCUGGAUGCGGCUGGCAACCUUCCGCGACGGUGCCUCCCGCGUCAUCUACGGCAACAAGGGCAGCAACAGGGCAUCGCGGGUGGAGCUGCACCACCUGGAGCCCGAGAACCCAGCGCACAAGCCUCCCUCGCCCCACGACCUCGUCUACUUUGAGAAAUCCCCCAAUUUCUGCACCUACAGCGGGAAGACAGGCACGGCGGGCACGGCCGGGCGCUUCUGCAACAGCUCCUCGCCGGGGCUGGACGGG